AUGCGUCACCUAUUUUCGUGUACAAUAGAAAACCCAUGUUUAUCAAAACAAACUAAUGCAGAGGUUAGUAAUUUAACAACACAUCUGAGAACACAUACUGGAGAGAAACCUUAUACAUGUAAUUUAACAUCACAUCUGAGAACACAUACUGGAGAGAAACCUUAUACAUGUGAUGUUUGUAAUAAGUCAUUUAGUAAUUUAGCAACACAUCUGAGAACACAUACUGGAGAGAAACCUUUUACAUGUAAUUUAACAUCACAUCUGAGAACACAUACUGGAGAGAAACCUUAUACAUGUGAUGUUUGUAAUAAGUCAUUUAGUCAUAAUUGUAAUUUAACAUCACAUCUGAGAACACAUACUGGAGAGAAACCUUAUACAUGUAAUUUAACAUCACAUCUGAGAACACAUACUGGAGAGAAACCUUAUACAUGUGAUGUUUGUAAUAAGUCAUUUAGUCAUAAUUGUAAUUUAACAUCACAUCUGAGAACACAUACUGGAGAGAAACCUUAUACAUGUGAUGUUUGUAAUAAGUCAUUUAGUUUAAAAGGUAAUUUAACAUCACAUCUGAGAACACAUACUGGAGAGAAACCUUAUACAUGUGAUGUUUGUAAUAAGUCAUUUAGUUUAAAAGGUAAUUUAACAUCACAUCUGAGAACACAUACUGGAGAGAAACCUUAUACAUGUGAUGUUUGUAAUAAGUCAUUUAGUCAUAAUUGUAAUUUAACAUCACAUCUGAGAACACAUACUGGAGAGAAACCUUAUACAUGUGAUGUUUGCAAAAGUCAUUUAGUUUAA